UACACAGAGAGAGAUAUUCAGCGUCUUCUCUAUCUGUUGUGUACUCACCCACUCCGUCACCACCCACUUACACCAUUCACAAUCCUCAACCAUUUUAGGAUCUCUGCAGUGCUGCUAUGGGGUCUAACAGAAUCAAAAACAGCAUUCCUGUCCCUCCACUCUUCCAUAACCCUACAAACACCAGCCCCAGACACACAGUCUAUGUGUAUCCAGUACAAUGUCUUCAGCACAGCUAGGAUUGGAAUGAUUGGGUAUAAGGCCUUUAAAACGCCAUAUUAACGUAAACCGGAUUAUUGAAUGAAAUGAAAUUGUUACCACUUGUGGACUAAACAGUAUUGUCUGUCCUUUACCAUGUUUCUAGUCACUAAGACCUUAAUGCCUCAACCAGGCUACAGUGGCCUCAGAGUAGGGCAAUUACAAUCAGAGUUUCUGGUUUAGGAAUGUGUGGGGAGAGUGUGUCUGGUCUGGUGGUGGUGCAUCAUAAAGACUGUAGCAGCAUAGCUGGACAACUCCUACAGCUCUGGUAUAGAUACAUUACAUUACCUGAACAACUUGAAUAGACACGGCUAACUACUCUGUCUGAAGAUUACGUAGUCAUUCUGAAUGACCCAUACAUGCAUCAGUACAGACGUUGGUUGAUAUGAAACUGAUACAACUUUCAACUGAACAAUGGGAACAGUGAAACAUUUGCUACUUUGGGUACAGAGAGUGAUGACCAGCCGGUUCAGCCAGUUCAAGGCUGGAUUGGUCACGAGUUGAGGCUUCUGAGAAUGUUGUGUCCUGUGUCAUCUGGGUCUUCGUCAGGCAUCCGGCUGGCCGGGCUGUCCCCCACAGCCACAGCGAAAGAGGACACCCAAACAGUCUCUCCGACUGCUAAGAAAAAUGGCCUACCUUCUUUCUCUCUCCUUCUUCCUCCUCUUCCUAGGACUCACACAGGCCCACCCUCUCCAGCUUGAUGAGAUGGUCUUCACAGAAGACCCAGAUGAUCUGGUGGACAUCACCACCAGGAUCCUGGAGACCAACAAUGGCACCACAGAGAUGCUGAUGGAAGGAGACGUCAUGGUCCCCAGAACCAGGACUGCCAUCAGGUGCUUGUGGUCCAACAAAUGUCUCUGGGAGAGGAAGAAGUCAGAGAACCUCGUCAAGGUUCCUUACACGCUCAGCUCAGAUUUUGACUCUUAUUCCCAGGGGAAGAUCAAGUACGCCAUGAACACCUUCCACACCAAGACCUGCUUGCGCUUCGUCCAACGUAGCAACCAGAGGGACUACCUUAGCAUCGAAAGCAGAUCCGGCUGUUCUUCAUGGGUUGGAAAAACCGGAGGUAAGCAGCUCGUAUCCCUCGAAAAAGGAGGGUGUGUUUACCACGGUACCAUCCAGCACGAGCUGCUCCACGCUCUGGGUUUCUACCACGAACAGAACAGGAGUGACCGCGACAAGUACAUCCGGAUCAACUGGGAGUAUGUUGAACGUGGGGAGGAGCCCAACUUCGACAAAGAGGACACCAACAACCUGGACAUUCCCUAUGACUACUCCUCCGUCAUGCAUUAUAAUAGAUGGUCGUUCAGCACUGUGUAUAGGAAGGAGACGAUCACUCCUAUUCCUGACGCCACUGUGCCCAUCGGACAGAGCUUGGAGAUGUCUGCGAUCGACGUUCAGAGGGUUAACAAGCUCUACAGGUGUUAAAGGGAGGGAAAAGUUGGAGCUGAAUCUGAUGUCUGAAUUUGAUGUCUGAUUCUGAUGUCUGAAUCUGAUGUCUGAAUCUGAUGUCUGAAUCUGAUGUCUGAAUUUGAUGUCUGAAUCUGAUGUCUGAAUCUGAUGUCUGAAUCUGAUGUCUGAAUCUGA